AUGAGCGCUAUCCUCAAAUCCAGAAUUAAGAACCCCGCUUUGCUCAACAAGCUUCGCACUGUCGAGGAGGUUGUUCCCUUUUUCGAAAAUGACAUGUACAUGGGUUGGUCCGGUUUUACUGGCGUCGGUGGACCGAAAGUCGUACCCGUUGCUUUGGCUGAUCACGUCGAAAAAAACAAGCUUCAAAACAAACUCCGGUUCACCUUGAUCACCGGAGCCUCGACCGACACCGACGUCGAGGGCCGUUGGGCUUCCCUGGGAAUGCUCAAACGCCGAACCCCCCAUCAGGUUGGCAAGCCGAUCCAGAAGGUUAUCAACGAGGGCUCUACAUUAUUCUUUGAUAAACACCUCAGCAUGGUUCCCCAGGAUCUGUGCUACGGUUUCUACACCAAGGAUCGUGCUGAUCCUGCUCGUCGCAACUCGAUCGAUGUUGCUCUCGUUGAGGCUACGGGCAUCGAUGAGAAUGGCCAGAUCAUUUUGGGCCCCUCUGUUGGUGCUGCCCCUGAGCUUGUUGCUUACGCUGACAAGGUGAUUAUUGAGAUCAAUACCAGCAUCCCAUCAUUCUACGGUCUGCACGAUAUCCAGAUGCCUGAGAACCCUCCCUUCCGCACACCUUUCCCUGUCACUUCUGUCACUGAUCGCUUCGGAACUCCUGGUAUUCCUGUGAAUCCAGACAAGAUCUUGGCUAUCAUCGAGUCUGAUGCUCGCGAUUCGGUUCCAGACAAUACGCCCAGUGACGCCAUGUCCCAAGCUAUCGCCAACCAUUUGGUGCACUUCUUCCAAAAUGAGGUCAAGCAGGGCCGUAUGCCUGAAAACUUGCUGCCCCUGCAGUCCGGCAUUGGUAACAUUGCUAAUGCCGUCGUCGAGGGUCUUGCUUCUUCUUCUUUCGAGAACCUGAACGUCUGGACUGAGGUCUUCCAGGACAGUUUCCUUGACUUCUUGGAGAACGGCAAGCUCAACUUUGCUACAUCUACCUCUGUUCGUCUUACUCAGGCCGGUUUCAAGCGCUUCUUUGCCAACUUUGAUGAGUUCAAGCAGAAGAUCUUACUCCGCUCCCAGUACAUUUCUAACCACCCCGAGAUUAUCCGUCGCUUGGGCGUUAUCGCUAUGAACACACCAGUGGAGGUUGAUAUUUAUGGCCAGGCCAAUUCCACUUGCGUCAAUGGCUCCCGCAUGCUUAACGGUCUUGGUGGCUCUGGUGACUUCUUGCGUAACGCUAAGCUCUCCAUCAUGCAUACUCCCUCCGCUCGUCCUACCAAGACUGAUCCCACUGGUAUUUCAUGCAUUGUACCCAUGGCUACCCAUGUCGACCACACCGAACACGAUCUUGACGUCGUCGUGACUGACCAGGGCUUGGCUGAUCUUCGUGGCCUUGCUCCUCGCGAGCGCUCUCGGGCCAUCAUUAAGAACUGUGCCCACCCUGACUUCAAGGAUCAGCUCUUGGACUACGUUGAAUUUGCUGAGAAUUACUGCACUAAGACUCGCAGCCUCCACGAGCCUCAGGUCUUGUCUUCCGUUUUCAAGAUGCAGGCAAACCUCGCUGAAAACGGCACCAUGAAGCUCAAGUCUUGGUAA